GUGUACAACUCCAUCUUUCCGGCUCUGUCUCUCAAGCUGCCUAGCGCCUUCCCAGCAGAGCGCUACACCUUCCGAGCCUUCCUCUGGGCAAGGUCCUCCCUGUCCUCACGCUGUUUCUCCAUGCAACAGCUUCGGGCUUGGUUGGAUGCCAGCAGUGGCGGAGGGGAAUCGCUUCCAAACGUCGAUCCCGCCCCUGGCGACGCGGAGCGUUUGGCUGAUGAUUGCCCAGCUGUUCUGUGCCCACUGCUGGAUAUGACGAACCACGACCCUGAGACUCGGGUGCAUGUUGGUCUGGUACAUCGCGGGGAUGCUAUCCAUCUGGGAAUCAGCUGUGCAACCCCCGUGGCUGCAGGAGCUGAGUUCUUCAACAACUACGGGUCCAGCCGCACAAACCUACAACUUCUUCUGGCGCAUGGCUUCUGCGUGCCGAACAACAAGGCAGACACACUGCCGAUUAAGAUCCUCUCGGACGAUUCCAAGAGGCCUGCGCUUCAGCGCCAAGCUUUGGAGCUCUGCGGCCUUCAGCCGGGUGAAGUACAUGAACUGACUGCGUCCGACCUUCUGCCUGCACGCAUGCUGGCACUCUUGCGGAUUCUAUGCAUGAGUGAGCGUGGCCUUCAGAGUUACGUCCCGCAUGGGUCGUCUUUGUUUGAGAAGCUGAAGCUCCCAGUUCCACCAGACGACGAAAAAGAGACCAGAGAUUUGGAGAUGCAGGUGCUAUGCACUGUUGAAGGGCAGCUCCUGAGCAAGCAGAGUCGCAUCCGUCCCAUGAACAUGUCUGCAGCAUCCGGCGGGGAGCGGCAUGCGGCCGUUUACCGGGCAGGGCAGCUCGCGAUAAUUUCAGAGGCCCUGGCGGAGCUCGAGAAGCGAAAGCAGGCUUUCUGCAAAGCCCAUGGCCUGGAGCUUGAGGAGGAGGAUGAGGAGGAGGAACAAGAGGAGGCAGACGAGGCGGAGGAAGAGGAAGAGGAGUUCCUCGAACGGUUAUUUCAGCACACGAAGCGCCGCCGACUCUAA